AUGUCUAAUCCAAAUUGGUUGAGCGAUUCCAACUAUAUGGAUAAUUCUGGUGAUGAUUUUUUGAAUUCUAUAUUUGAUCAAGAUCAAGGUCAAAUACCUCAACCAAACAUAUCAGUACCAACACAAUCGCAACCACCAAUGCAAAUGCAACAAAAUCAAAAUCUGAUGCAACAACAACCAUCAAGAUCUAGUCAACUGCCAUUAUCUAUAGCACAUCAGUCUGGCGGAAGUAACAUACCUCAGCAAAGUCCGAUGCAGUCUAAUUUUCAACAGCCGCAAGUCAUGCAACAACAACAAUCACAACAACAACAGAUACCAUCAGAAAUAGAUCUUAACAACAUGAUGAUGAGACAAUUAGCACAACAACAACCUCAACUGCAGAUGAAUUCAAAUAAACAGGAAAUGUUAAUGAGGAUGAAACAACAAAUAUAUAGACAAAAAAUGCAAGCUCAAGCCAAAUCGCAAGGUCAAAAUCAGAACUUGAGUCAAAGCCCACAACUUCAACAACAGCAAUCAAACACUUCGACUCAUGGAUCACCUAUGCACCCUUCACAAAUGCCAACUCCUAUACAAAAUAAUCCUCCUAUGGCAAAUAUGAACACUCCUAAUAUGGGAAACUUCCCACCACAAUUUCAACAACAAAUACCUCCACGUGAGCAAAUUCCUUCUCAACAACAAAUACCUACUCAGCAGAUGCACUUAAAUCAGAAUCAACAACAACAAAAUCUUAAUCAGCAAAUACCCGGCCAACAACAACAACCAAUCCCAGGUCAAACCCAACAGCAAACUCAACCACAGCAACGUAUACCUCAUAAACCAUCAAUGAACACUCAACUUAGCUUUGAAUUAUUCCAUACCUUGUUAUUUGAUUUCAUGCAGCGUAGAAAAACACCUAUAAAACAACCGAUUGUUAUCAGAAAUAAGCGCGUAAAUUUAUUUGUAUUUUAUAUGUUAUGCCAAAAAUUGGGAGGAUUUCAACAAUUGAGAAGGUUUUUAAAUAUGGAUCUUCUGCAACAACCACAAAAUCCAUGGGCAUUAGUUGGUGCAAAAAUGGGACUUUAUGAAGGUGUAAACCUACAAGAACCCGGGGUUAAAGAAAGUAUUGAUCAACAAGUCAGUCAAUGUUAUGCGACAAACUUAUUACCAUAUGAAGAAUACCAAGCAACGCCUGCGGGUCAAAGAGAUCUUUCACAAAGAAAAACACAAUUUCAAGCUCAAAUUUUACAAAAAUAUCAAUUACAACAACAAAAUCAACAACAACAAAACGUACAACCACAACAAGUACCGCAGAAUCAACAAAUCACACAGCAACAGCAGCAGCAGCAGCAACUACCUACACAACAUUCUGCUUCUUCACAAACUCAAUCAUUUUCACCAGGUAUGACGGUCCCUACUCCAAUGACAUCUCUUCCAACACAUCAAAGUCCAAUGAUUAGCAAUGCGCCAACUCCACAACAAAGAAAAUUGUCAAGGGCAAGUAAUCCUUCUAAUCAUGAUUCACCAAUGGUAAAUUCUCCGUACAUGCAAAAUCAACAAUACAGACAACCCGGUCAACAACAACAACAGCAACAACCAGUUCCACAACAACACAAUGCUCAAUUUACACCAGGUUCUCAACUUCAACCCCCACAACCUCAAAUACAACAACAAUUUCAACAACCGCAACAGUAUGUUCAACAGCAACAACAAAACCAGAAAAACCAACAUCCUCUGUCCCAACAACAAAAGCUUAAACAACAACAGCAACAAAAAGCAGGAUUUCAAAAUGCUCAUCAUGAUUCAAUCGCCAACAUCAAACAAGUAAUUUCAAAAGAAGAAGCUAAUGUUUUAAAGAAUUAUGUACCAUUUAAAAGAAUGAUUGAAACACAUGGUAAUCAUACUAUGAAAGAUCUUUCCCAAUUAGCUGGUGAAAUUGAAGUCACGAAGCCAAUAUACUUAUUUGCACCAGAGUUAGGAGCAAUCAACCUUCAAGCUUUAUGCAUGUCUAUCAAAAGUGAUCAUGGAAUUCAAAGUUCGGAAGUUGUAAAUGCAUUAAAUACAUUAUUGGUCACAACAUCUGAUAUUAAUUAUACUUUUGCUAUUACUGAUUGUUUAGAAUUAUUGGAUUCUUUGAGUAGAUUGGGUAAAGAAGUUUUACAUAAACUUAUAAAUGGUGAACCAUCUGGUGAAGAUAUUAUCAAACCGGAUGUAACAAAAUUGGAUUCACAAACUCAAAUUGAUGAAAUGUUUAACCAAUACGUUGGGGAUAAUAAUAAACAUGGAGAAGAUAUUCUGUAUGUUGUCAAUUCAUUAACAGGAGAAAUUGUAUCUGAUGACGAAGAUGAUAUUAAUGAAUUAUUUGAAUUGGAAGAACCACAAACUCCAUCUACUCCAACAUCACAAAAUGAUGAAAUUAAACAUUUUCAUAUAGAUGAUUAUUAUACUGCAUUACAAAUUUUUAAAUGGGAAAAUAAAGAUCAUUUUAGUAAAUUACAAACUAAAAGUGCUAAUGAUGAUCAAAUUUUUUUAAUUGAUCAAUUAAUAACCAUCACUAUGAUUUUAAGAAAUAUUUCAUUUACUGAUUAUAAUAAAGAACCAAUGGCAUCAAAUAGAAUUUUUAAAGAUUUAUUGUUUUCAAUUAUAAAACAAAUUGCAACUCAUAGAUCAAAAUUUCAAUUUAGUAGAAAAAGGUUAUGUUUAUUAAAAGAUUGUCUUUUGAUGUUAAAUAAUAUAUCAUAUUUUGUUCAUUUACAAUCAUUAGAAGAAGCAUUUUUAUCAUUUGUUUUAAUUGCUAGUUUUGGACCAAAAAUUAAACGUGAAUGGGAAAUACCUAGAUGUAAUUUAGAUACUCAUACUUAUUUUUCAUUUGCAUUAGACGCUUUUACUAAAUUACUAGUUAGAGAACCAUAUAAUAGAUCAUUAUUACAAGCAGUUAUGAAUGGAAGUUUAAAUUUAGGUUUAACAACAAGUUAUACAAAUAAUUUUGUUAUAUCACAAUAUGAUCAAGAAUAUACAAGAAAAUUAAUUCAAUUAUAUUUAGGAGAAGAAGAUUUUAAACAUUUUAAAACUGGAAUUUUAUUAACAAGAGCUUUUCAAUUAUAUAUGAGUAUAAUACCAUAUGAUGCAAAUAGUUUUGAAUUUUCAAAAUUUGUAUUUAUUAGAGCACCAACAGUAUCACAAAUGUUAUUUGGUGUAAAAUUAAUUAUUGAUAUGGCACCAGUUGAAGAUUUAAAUACUCCAUUAAAUAAAUUAACAUUAUAUUGGAUUUUGCAUAAUAGAGAAUUAAUUUUGGGAAAUUUUGCAAGAAUUGUUGUUGCAUUAUCUUCAGAAACUGGUAAAUUUCCAAGAGAAUCAGCGGAACAUUUAAUAUUAUCAUCUGCAUUAACAAAAGCAUUAAUUGUUGUAAAUUCAUUAGUUGAUAAUGCAUUAAUUGCUAAAAAUUUAGAAGAUUCUGAAGAAACUGAUAAUCAACAUUCUGAAUUAAUGAAAAAAUUAACUGAUUGUUAUGCAUUUCCUAGAAUUAUACCUGAUAUUAAUUUAACAUUAGAUACUUUUUUGGCUCCUACUAUUGAUACUAAUUUAGGAAAAGAAAUUGUUCGUUUGUUAAGAUAUUUGAAAGAUUUAAAGGCUUGUGAAGGUAUUUGA